AUGCAAAAAGGGAGUGUGCAGGAGAAAGGUGGGGUUUCACGUGAGACGUUUUUUGAAAGAAGGAUUUUGAAGCCAAAAGAGUUAGGCGGACCGGGUAAAGUCGUCGGGAUUGAUGAAACGGUUUUCGCUCGUAGAAAAAAUUAUAAAGGAAAGCUUGUUCCACAUCAACGGUGUUUUGGAAGGAUCAAGAAGGGAAGCAAUAAGUGCUUCAUUGUUGCAGGUGAGCAUAGGGAUGCUGCUACCCUUGUGCCGAUUGACUGCCAGUAUAUCCUCCCGGGUACUACUAUUACGUCAGAUAAGUGUGCAGCUUAUAACGGCAUCAAAGACCUGCCUGAAGGGUACCAGCAUCUUACGGAAGUUUUUCUAAUGAGGGAUGCUGUUGCAAAAUUAGAGCUGUUUUUGUGUCUGCAAAGCACACAUCAGCAGCUCUCAGUCAGCCGAAGAUUGGUUGAUUACAAGUUUGUUUGCACAGAACAUUUCCUAAGACAUCCUUUAAAGAUCGGGAGCCCUGGUAAGGUAGUGGACAUUGACGAAAAACUCCUUACCAGGAAAAAGUAUAACAGAGUGUCUGAUCAGUGGGCUGCAUACGGUGCCAAUAAGGGCAUGCCAGAGGGAUACCAGCAUGAGACUGUCAACCGCAGUUUCCACUUUAUUGAUCCUGAGACCGGUGCUAACAUAAACAGCAAUGAGUCUCUAUGGCAGAAAUUCAAGGAGAGCCACAAAACACUACGAGACGGAAAGAGCACUACUGACUUCGCAUAUGAACAAAUUCGUAUGGAAAACUGUAUGAAGGCAAUGCGACGUACCACUUCUUGGCUCAUAUGA